GGGACGGGGGGGGGGGGGAUACGACACCUGGAAAAAAUGGGGGGGGGGGGGGUACACCCAGAGACACACCCAGCUCCCCCGUUAGGGUUACGGGGCAUCGACACCGGCAGCGUCACGCGGGCGGCGCGGGGACAAGGCGGUCAUUGAGGGUUGGGUGUCACGAGGCUGGGGGCACCCCCCACGCAGCGGGGGGGGGGAGCCACACACACGCAUGUGGGUCCCCAACAUGCUGCCCACUCCCCCCCCAACCCCAUCACGGUCCCUCCUCUGGCUGUGACAAGUCACAGGGGUUUUUUGGGGGGGGGGGGGGGGGGAUGUCCACAGAGGAAGAAACGGCCCUUCCGCUUCCCACCCCACCCGGGUGGCCCCACCUCACCCACGUCCUGCCCUGGAACCCCCCCUGCUGUGUCCUGGGGGUGCCCCCCACGGUCUGAGUGUCUGUCUGUCCGUCCUUCCCUCCCUCCCCCCCCCCCCCCCAAAAAAGGCUGGGCAGGAUGUGGCCGGGAAUUGUUCUGCCCUGCCCGGCGGGAAGCAGGAAGCUGGGGGGGGGUCCGGAGGGGGCCCCCGCACCGGCUGGGGAAGGAUUUCCGGGAGGGGGGGGGGGCUGGGAAUGGCCCCCCCCCCACCAUGGCCGUGGGAAAUGGGGGACACCCCGGCCAGGCUGCCCAUGGCGGAGAGGGGGGGCUGCCAUGGCCAGGGUGCCACGAGCAAAAUUGGGGUGCUACAGGCACGGUUGGGGUACUCUGGGGACAGUCGGGGUGCCACAGGAUGGUCGGGCUGCCACAGGCAAAGUUGGGGUGCUGUGGGCACGGUUGGGGUGCCACGGGCAUGGUUGGGGUGCCACGGGCAAAAUUGGGGUGCUACAGGCAAGGUUGGGGGUACCAUCGGCAAAGUUGGGGUGCCAUGGGCAUGGCCAGGGUGCCACAGGCAAACUUGGGGUGCUACAGGCAAGGUUGGGGUGCUAUAGGCAAGGUUGGGGUGCCACGAGCAUGGACAGGGUGCUGUGGGCAUGGUUGGGGUCCCCCGGGCACGAGGGGGUCCCCCGGGUCCCCAGCUGCGGUGCUGGACGCCCGGGGGUCCCACGGGGGAACCGAGGUGCCACGGCCCCACGACGGUGCCAUCCCGGGUGGGGUCCCUCCGACGGUGUCAUCGCGGGGGGGGUAGGGGGGUCCCCACGGGGGUGCCAUCCCCGCGGCGGGGGGAGCCCCACGGCAACGUGCAGCCCCGCGGGACGAGCCCACCCGGCAUCCGCGGGUGGGGGCUGGCAACGGCGGGUACCGACGCGGGGAGGGGGGGGGGGGCUCCCCCGUUACCGGAGGGGGGGGGGUGUGUGUGUGUCUGGCCCCCACAGCAGCGCAGGGCGGGGGGCGAUGCCGCCGGGGGGUGCCGGUCCCGCUCCCCGGUACCGGGAGGAACAAAGCGCCUCCCCCUCCUCCCCCCCCCCCGCCCCCGCGGCUCCGCCACAACAAUACCGGGGCGGGGCGGGGCUUAGCUCAGCCCAGUUCAACUCAGCUCAGCCCAAUUUGGCCCACUCCAAUUCAGCCCAGCUUGGCCAGUCUCGGCUCAAUUCAGCCUGGCCCAGCUCCAUCCAACCCAGCCCAGCUUGGCUCAGCUCAGCCUAG